CUUCAUUGAAGAACUGCACAUCCCAUCCUACCAAACCCGACACCAAGAACCUCCUCAUAUUUCGAGACAACCAUCCCCAAUCCGCAAUGUCCUCCCGACUCCCAACAUCUCGUCUCUCCACUGCACCCAGCAGCAACAAAGCCCGCCAACUGGUACCUCCCCCUCAUCCUCCCCUCAAUCACAAAACGAUUCUAACACAAACCACCCACAGUCACAUCUCCACGCUCAACUAGCGCAGUUGUCUGCCAAUCUCUCCGAUCUCGAGAACUUGCUGCGGAUGACCAGUGUACAAGCGGAAUCGGUGCGGGGCUUGGGGGCUUUCCAUGGGGGACUGUAAGUUGCUAUCUUCCUGCGCCAAUCUUGCUGCGCUGGCGCAAAGUUUAGGAUCAUAGAAGGAGGUGAUUGGAGAGGGCGUUUAAUGAAUCUGGGCUGAUGAUAGUGAUAUAGAUUUAUGGCUGCUAGUAAAGUUCUUGGGGAGGAGACGAUUGCGGGGAGUAGUCAGCAGGCGCAGGCGCAAUCGCAACAGCAGCAGAGGAGGGGAGAUGAUAGUGAUUAAGGCUGGCUUUUAGUAUGAGGCAUCAUGACGUUAUGAUGUUAUGAUAUGGAAGUCGGACCGUGCAUUUUUGAAUGACCGGCGGGAUAGGAGGACGAAAUGGAGAAUAGGAGAAUGGAUGGAUACACCCCGGGUCAGUGGUUGCGUGCUGCCAGAGCACGACAGAAGAGAAGCCUCAAGCCAAGGGCCGAAUAAGGGGACACUGGAAGUAUAAUCCGAAAGCGAGUAUUAAGGGGAUAUUUUGUCCACGGAUUAAGAUUUAAGUACUCUAUGGGAUUGGGGAGUCCCGGGGGGUUUUCAGAUACUAGGUAAUUCCCCUGAAGACAAUAUGAUUGAGGCAUAUGUGAACAACCAAU